UAAAAGGCCAACAAAAACCACACAUAUGAAAACUCUUGGCUUGCAACAAGAGUUUGCCUUUUGGCAAAAUAUACAGCAUCUUUGACCUCUUCUGUUCUGUUAAGUAACCAAUCAUGUUGCUCUAAGAGUAAGUUGGUUCGUUAACUGUACCGCCUAAAGGACCGCCUUAAUUUCAAAGCACCUGUAAAAGCUUGUCGAGAGUCAGACGUCAGAGUGUGAACCAGGAAAGACACAAGGAGCGUCCGACGGUUACCAGGAGACAGGUUUAACAUGUCUGCCGCUAAAGAAGAUGUUAUUUCACCUGAUGAAAUGAGAAAGAGGCUUUACCAGACGUUCAAGAACCGUGGUGUUUUAGAUACUCUUAAGACGCAGCUACGUAACCAGCUCAUUCAGGAGCUAAAGCACCCUGUGCUGAGAGGAGAGGUUGCUCUGAAGCCAGUCCCUGUGGAAGCUGAUUCUGUCUUGGUGCAAGCCUCCAACAGUCUGGUAGCAGAUCACUUGCGCAACGUUGGAUAUGAGUACACUCUGUCUGUUUUCUACCCAGAAUGUGGCCUGGAAAAAGACAAGGUGUUUUCCACUAGAGAUCUUCUUCAGCUAAUGAAAAUCAGCCCUCGCUCAGCCCUGUACAAAUCCCUGACUUCAAGUAUGCAAAAAGAUGGCACAAAAGGUUUUCUAAUGAAGCUGCUUAUUGAAUUGACAGACCAUCACUUGCACAGAGAGCGUUGUGAUACAGACACCCAGACAGACUCCACCCCACAGUACAGAGAAUCCCUAGCUGAAAAACUUCAGAUGAUUGAUGAUCAGUUUGCAGCCCUUCAUCACCAGGGUAAUAAGUGGGAGUCUUUGGAAGCCAAGCUUGCAGAGUACAGGAAGGAAAUCGAAGCACAAGUUCAAGCAGAAAUGAACCAACAGCUGCAGCAUUUUAAAGAGGUUGAACUGGCCAGGCUUAAGCUGGAGGAAAAGGAAAAAUCACAGAAGGAAGUUUCGGAGCUGAGACGGGAAAUGGAGAGGACCUACCAGAUCAAAUCAGAAGCCCUGAUAAACCGGGAGAAGAAUGCCAUCGAGAGACUACAAAAGCAGCAAGAGAUUGAAGAAAAAGAAAUCUAUGCUCAAAGACAAUCACUUCUUAAAGAGAUUGAAACAGUGAGGAACAGAGAGGCAGAACUGAAGCAAAGAAUAGAAGCUUUUGAAAUGAAUUGCAGAUUGCAAGACGAGAAGACUAAGACUACAGAGGAGGCUUUAAGACGCAGAGAGCUUGCGGUUAAAACCAUUGAAGAUACCUAUGAUCAGAAACUAAAGAACGAGCUUCUAAAGUAUCAACUGGAACUGAAAGAAGAAUAUCUGAAAAGAACUGAAAAGGUCACUGAAGAUGAGAAAAGGAUUAAAGCUGAAAGCCUCCAUUUACGGAAGGAGUUGGCUGUUCUUGAUCAAAAGACAGAGGAGCAGAGACGAGCCAUUGCUGAAGUGAAGCGGCUGCAGGUAGAGCUGGAUGCCGCAAUGUCACAAAUAUCUUUACUAACACAACAAACCAAGCUGCUGAAGGAGAGGCUGGAGGAGACUACAGACUACCCAGUGCUCAAGAGAGAGAGGCUGGAGCUCCAGGCCCAGGUGAGGCUCAUUACAAGGCACCUUGAAGACACCCAGGAGGAGAACCGCCAAUUUAAAGCAGCGCUACGUCAGCCCACUGCUGAGUACCUGGCUCUGCAGACCGAGGUGAGGAAAAUGGAAAAUGCCAGGAAGCUGGAUGAAGAGGAGUUUGAAAAUCAGAAACAGGUGCUGGAGACGCAGUUACAAAAUGAGAUUGAGCGUUCUGCUCAGUUGAAGGCCCAGCUCAUGGAAUGUGAAGAGAGAGCAGAAUGGCUAGCUACCCAUGCAGAGGAUGUGAAAAUGCAACUAAAACAAACACAGCUGGCAUUGGAAAAUGAAGUCUUCCGCAACCCAAAGCCUUCUCUAGUCGAUCGCUCUGUCCUCGAUCUCACUGCUGAUAGGAUUGUGCCGCCUGAUCUCUACGUCGAUGGGCCUGUUCAGAAGAGUAGGAGAGUACCCGGGGGCUCUCUCUUUGAACCUGCAGCAGGCCUCGCCUCUACCAGUCAAAGACACUUGAGGCCCCGGGGCAGCUCCCUGGACCCCGACACCGAGCUGGUGGCGGGGGCUAAGGCACGAAUCAGGGAACUGGAAAAGGAGGCGGAAUCUUUGGAAGAGGCCUACAGGAACUACCAGCACAGGGUCAUCCAGGCAGCGGCAUUGAGCGCUCCACCACCAGGGCCGCAGUCACCCCAGCAACAGCAUUGUGUCGCCCUCAGCGGGAUCUCCUCUGCUUCCCCCUCCAGAGUGACAUUCGCGGAUGACAUGCUUGGCUCCCGUGAGCUGCUUUCCGGUCAGUUUAAUGGGCACCUGCUAGAUUCCUUGAGUAUAUUUGGUGGAGCGGAAACAGCAGGGGUCCAGACCCCACCCGAGCGAAACUCGCCCAGACGCCUGUCCUCCACUCCUCUUUCGACAUCUAAAAGGAAAUCUAGGAGGGGAACUGCAGAAGAUAAAGAUCAUUCCCAUACAGCCUCUCACCACAGUUUGCCUGAAUGGCAGAUACCUCCUAGGGAUCACCCAUCGUCUUCUGCUGAUAUCAGCGUUCUUGGCAGUCCUCCUUUAAAAAGUACAGCUAGAGAACAUGCCAGUUUCCAAAAACCAACUGAAGGUCUUUUAAGCUCAGGGUCUUCACCUCCUCCUGAAAAGAUUUCUGUUCAGGAUCUUACAGAACCCUCAGGAGAUCACAGCGACAUUCCGAAGCAGCUUGAGAGUGAUGUGUCCCAUCAAUCUGGUGAGAAUAUGAAUAGGCACAGUGUCACCACACCAGAGCCAGCAAUAGCUACUUCUCAGCAAGACCUCGAGUCAGUUGAGCAUCAAGCUGCUGAACAGCAGGAUACGGAGGAGGAGGAGGAGGCAGAGAGAUGGGAGCUGGAGAGGAAGCAGCGAGAGGCCAGGAGACUGCAGGAGAGACAGGAGGCCAUGGAGAGGGAACAGAGGGAGCUGGAGAGGCUCAUGGAAGAGGAACAGCAGCAUCGUGAGCCCAGUUUGAAAGGACCGGCAGGGAAUGACACCGCAUCCAAGGACCCUGAGGGAGAGGAGGCAGACCCAAGAUCUAAAACAGACCCUCUUGAGAAAUACAUGAAAAUUGUCAUGCAGAACAAAGAACGGGGUCAACAAGAGCCGAGUUCAAGCAAGGAAGCAAGAGAGCAGGAGAGCUCCAUAGCUGAAAUACUGUCUGAGAAGGAUGAAAGCAUUGCUGCCCUCUCGCAUGAUGAUGCCGAUGAUGAUUUUUGGUGAACUUAUCUUUAAAGCUGACCUUUUCAUUUAAAGCACUGUUUGUUUUUUUGUGCAUAGUGUCCAUAAUAGUAUGUUAAGGAUUAAAGUUAUUUUAAAUGGAAGAAAAAAAAGUUUUCACCUUUUUUUCCAUAUAUCCCUGUGACAAACACUGUAUCUCACAUUUAUGGUCACACAUGCUUCCUGUUAAGAGAAUAGAAAUACAAUGACCCAACCUUUUCUUUAUUUUACGUAUUUCUACAGCAACUUUUUAAAUCCAAAUAAGCAACAACUAAUUAAUGAAGUUCUACAGAAAUCACAAGCUACUAAACAAUAUGCCUUGUUAAUGUUUCUGUGCCCAAUAAAAUGGUAAAGGUCUGCUUAGGAAUGGUUUUCCACCUCGCUAGUAGUUCAUAGAUCGAUCACUAUGGAAAUUGCACAUAACCCCACAAACCCUGCCUUUUCUGUUCAGACUGGUUGUAAUAAAAACAAGUCUUCAUGAAAGAAGCAGUUUUACUCACCUGGGCUCAUUCACUGCACACUGUGGAAAUGUAUACUGCACUACAUUGUACAUUACAUCAUUAUAUCUUAAGUCUUCUUAAAAUUUAAUGCCAUAAUGCACUACAUGAAUUACUUUAAUUGCUCA